AUGUUUGAGACGGCUGAAAUUGAUGAGGGGCAUCUCGAGGCUCGGGACGGGGCUCCCGAUGCACCCAAACUGCUCCAUAUCCUGCUCGGGGAAUUUGACGUGAAGACGCUCUUCGAUAUCUAUAGACCCUGGUGUCACACAAUCCUUAUUUUUGCGCCGAAUCCUGCAGACGCUACUCCAAUCUUGGCCGCGCUAGAAUCAUACGACAAACAUGUCGUACGAUCAGCAGUAAUCAUGCCCUCAUCAUCACCAGCGACACCCGCUGCAUUUCCUGCUGAUCUCGUGGAAGGCACCCAGACCAAGGUGUUUAUAAUACGGCCAGACGGUGUGAUUGGCGCAAUAGUUCGUGGUGGAGAGGGCGUUACGGAAUGUUUCUCCACAUUAUUUCGAAACAUGGAAUGACGCUAUUCUUGUAAUCACUUAUCCACAUCUUACUAACAUCAAACGUCAAUCAAAC